GGCAAGUAGAAAAUUAGUAAAAGAAGGCACCCUAGUACAUACAAUUUAGAAUGCUGAGGACAAACAGAAGAUAAGCAGUCUUGAGGCAGAAGUAGCGCGUUUGAAGUCUUUACCCCCUCCGACUUCUGCAGCUGAGAGUUCGUCGCAAGACCUGAAUGCAUUAAAGGAAAAAAUUGGCACUUUGGAGGAUGAAAAUGUGAAGCUUAGCAAUGACCUAACGUCUAAAAUUGGCGAAUAUGAAGAGGUGAAGUUCCGUCUCAACGCGAUGGCCCCGUCAUUUGAAAAAGCGCAAGCCCGUGUAGCUCAGUUAACUACCGAGAAGACCGAAUUAAUGGCUCGCAUUGCUGUAAGGAUUCCGUUUAUAUCUCUUGGCUUAAGAAGAUUUACUUUGUUCAGUCUCUGGAAGGUCAAGCCAGUACUGCAUGGCCGGGGAACAAUCAAAGUCGACCAGCUGUCUCACUAUCUGCAUCAUCUGUGA